GGCCGCGAUGGCGAGACUCAUCCUCGUGGCGCUCGUGGUUAUAUCGUCGACUGAGCAGUUUCAAGCGAGACUGAAGAAACAUCAUCCAUAUGCAAAAGGUCUCCAGUCGUUGAUCAGAAGCGAUUCUGAUGAUAUUCUUGGAAGGACAGGAUCUUAUGUUCGUCAAGAUGACACCAAACAGCCAAAAGUUUCUGAAUUAAAGGUUCUUGAUGAUCCCACCCAUGCUAACGCCUCAGGAUUUAUUAUACCGAGGGAGGAUUAUACCCAUCCUAAUGCCUCAGGAUUUAUCAUACCGAGGGAGGAUUCUAGUCACCCUAAUGCCUCAGGAUUUAUCAUACCGAGGGAGGAUUCCACCCGCCCUAACGCCUCAGGAUUUAUCAUACCGAGGGAGGAUUCCACCCACCCUAACGCCUCAGGAUUUAUCAUACCGAGGGAGGAUUCCACCCACCCUAACGCCUCAGGAUUUAUCAUACCGAGGGAGGAUUCUAGCCACCCUAACGCCUCAGGAUUUAUCAUACCGAGGGAGGAUUCUAGCCACCCUAACGCCUCAGGAUUUAUCAUACCGAGGGAGGAUUCUAGCCACCCUAACGCCUCAGGAUUUAUCAUACCGAGGGAAGAUUCCAGCCAUCCCAACGCCUCAGGAUUUAUCAUACCGAAGGAGGAUUCUAGUCACCCUAAUGCCUCAGGAUUUAUCAUACCGAAGGGGGAUUCUAGCCACCCUAACGCCUCAGGAUUUAUCAUACCGAGGGAGGAUUCCACCCACCCUAACGCCUCAGGAUUUAUCAUCCCGAGAGAAAACCCAACGCACCCGAGCGCCACAGGAUUCAUCACGCCGAAGGAGAAUUCAAACAAACCAAAUGCCUCGGGUUUCAUCCUUCCGCGAGAGACUCUGAGGAAAUCCCGUGGCCUGAAGAUGGAUUUACCUGCCUUACCCGCCAGCCUCGAGGAAUCCCAAAAAGUGAAGCGAGAUGAACAAAAUCACGUUGAAAAGCUACUCGGGAAAUCUCGGUCACAGAAAGACAGCAGAGUGGUGUCCUGCGGCCCCCACGUCCUGCAGCCUGGGUCCAAAGUCACGAUCGCCACCAAGCGCUUUCCUCGGCCGUAUCCUGCAGGGUACAAGUGCUUCUGGUCCUUUCAGGUAGCGGGCAGUCCAAGCGACGGCAAGCUAGAGUUGAAGUGCCCGACCUUCCUCCUCCCGAGCUGCUGGCGGGGCUCCUGGCGCUGGAGGAGGCGCUGCCGGGGCAACUACCUCGCCCUCUCCCACUCCUCCAGCAACGUGUACAAAAAGUACUUCGGCAGGAAGGGACCCGAGGACGUCAGCACAGAAGGCGGUGUCCUUAAGCUUUUCCUUAGUACCAUAAGAGGUUUUCGAGCAAGAGGGUUCUCCUGCACCGUCGAGGCUUUCGCUGGCAGUACGACAACCACCACAACCACCACUCCAGCUCCUGAGGAAGACGUAUGUGAUCUCACGAAAAACCGCUGUGGCCUCAAUCACAAGAGAAAUACAAACCGCAUCGUGUCCGGCCAAAACGCGGGCGUAGGGGCGUGGCCGUGGGUGGGCGGUCUCACUCUACGGGGAGAUUCGGGCGUGUUCUGCGGCGCAACACUUAUCCAUCCCGAGUGGGCACUUACGGCCGCCCACUGUGCUGAGGCGAUCAAGUCCAAUGGUGUUGAGGCAGAUUUGCUCCUUGGCGCCCAUGACCUGUUGCAUCCUCAGCCUCAGUUGCAACGCAGACAGAUCACGGACUUGAAUUCUCACCCCCUGUACGACAGUUCAACGCUCGACAACGACAUCGCUCUCAUACGUCUGGCAUCUCCGGCAAUCAUGACCGAACACGUCCACUUAGCCUGCCUGUCGCCCGAGAGGAGCUUGGAUUCCACGGGCGUCGUCACAGGCUGGGGAUCGCUUGAGGAAGGAGGGUCGUCCGCCCAGAUCCUGCAGGAGGUGGAGGUGGGCGUGCUGGAAUGGGCGGACUGUCGCAAGGUCUAUGGCAGUGAGCUCAAGUCCUCCAUGAUGUGUGCGGGCGGCGCUCUCGGCGAUGCAUGUCAGGGCGACAGCGGGGGCGGCCUCGUGUUCCAGGCGCCGAGUGGGCGGUGGACGGUCGCGGGCGUGGUGUCGUGGGGGUAUGGCUGUGCACGCCCAGGAUACCCGGGGGUCUAUGCAAAUGUUACCAAUUUCCUUCCCUGGGUGAGAAGCACGGCGGGUUUGGCCAAGUGUCAGAAACCUGGGCCAUCUCCAUCCCCACCAGACGGCAUCACCACCACCACCACUGUCACCACCACGACGCCGUCACAAUGCAGAUGUGGCCGAACCAACAAGCGGAUCGUGGGCGGACAGGAGACGGGCGUGAAUGAGUACCCGUGGCAUGUGGGCAUCGCCAGGAGGGGGCAGACCUUCCCCUUCUGCGGCGCCUCCGUUAUCUCAUCACGUCACGUGCUCACGGCGGCGCACUGCACGGAACCGAUCACCAAAUACAGGUGGAAGGUUGAAGCUCUUAUCGGUUACCACCAACUUUCCUCGAUCUCUGCCACUCCAGCUGCCCAAAGAGUACCCAUUGGCACGAUCCACCAGCACUCGGGAUACAACCCUAGCACCCUGGCCAACGACAUCGCCAUCAUUGAGCUCCCGUCUCGCCUGCAGCUGGAGGAUCCUCGCGUGGGGCCUGUGUGUCUCCCUCGCCCUGGGCUCCUGUACGAGGGCGCCGCGGCUUUCGUCACGGGAUGGGGCAGGGUCUCGGAAGGUGGUUCUCAGGCCGUGAAGUUGCAAGAAGUUGAAGUGCCGGUGAUAAGCAAUGCAGAGUGUGAAGUUAGUUACCCCGGCGCCAUCUUCCCCACGUCCCUCUGUGCUGGGGUGGCCGAGGGAGGAAAAGACUCAUGUCAGGGCGACAGCGGAGGGCCCUUGGUAACAGCGGGGGGACGCGGCCUGGAGCAAGUGGGCGUCGUCUCCUGGGGAACCGGCUGCGCAAGGCCUGGGAGACCGGGCGUGUAUACGAGGGUAACAGAAUAUCUCGACUGGAUCACUGCCAUUAUGGGAAGCGAGGGCCAGUGUGCCUGAGGCUGAAGGAAUCCCCGCUUGGCACUUGUUACAAUUUGAUCAGUUAUCGCCAAAAUACACAGCUAGUAAAUUCA